GAGCUGCCGGAAGUAGGCGGCGGAGGUGGUGGCCGAGCAGGCGACAGCUCGCAGGGAAACCGAGGCGCGGGACGCACGGCCCGCAGAUAGGCAAGCCAGUGGGCUAUCUCUGCGUCCUGCACUCAGGAGGACCUAGUGCUCCCUUUGCCAGGGCUGAGGGGCCCUGGUCCAGCAGCCUCCUCUGGACUCUGGCCUUUCCUUAAGCCCGCCAGGGGGCGCCGCACUGAGGGACUGCAGAGUGGGGGUCCGGCGGCGCUGACCAAAGAAGAGGCUCCGGACCGGGCCCGAGGAGAGGGCUCUCCCCCGCUCAGGAGGUGCCCCUGGGCGGGGGACAGGGAGUCCUCACACCCGGACUGAGUCAGGGGCAUCUGGGGGCGAGGAGGGCGCAUAGCCCCUCUGCCUCCACCGGCACCCUGGCCAUGACAGGCAAGUCGGUGAAGGACGUGGAUCGGUACCAGGCGGUCCUGGCCAACCUGCUGCUGGAAGAGGAUAACAAAUUUUGUGCAGACUGCCAGUCUAAAGGACCGCGAUGGGCCUCCUGGAACAUUGGUGUCUUCAUCUGCAUUCGAUGUGCUGGAAUACACAGGAAUCUGGGGGUGCACAUAUCCAGGGUAAAAUCAGUUAACCUCGAUCAAUGGACUCAAGAACAGAUUCAGUGCAUGCAAGAGAUGGGGAAUGGAAAAGCAAACCGACUUUAUGAAGCCUACCUUCCUGAGACCUUUCGUCGACCUCAGAUAGACCCAGCUGUUGAGGGAUUUAUCCGAGAUAAAUAUGAGAAGAAGAAAUACAUGGACCGAAGUCUGGACAUCAAUGCUUUUAGGAAAGAAAAAGAUGACAAGUGGAAAAGAGGGAGUGAACCAGCUCCAGAGAAAAAAAUGGAACCUGUUGUUUUUGAGAAAGUGAAAAUGCCACAGAAAAAAGAAGAUCCACAGCUACCUCGGAAAAGCUCCCCGAAAUCCACAGCACCUGUCAUGGAUUUGUUGGGCCUUGAUGCUCCUGUGGCCUGCUCCAUUGCAAAUAGUAAGACCAGCAAUACCUUAGAGAAGGAUUUAGAUCUUUUGGCCUCUGUUCCAUCCCCCUCUUCUUCAGUUUCCAGAAAGGUUGUAGGAUCCAUGCCAACUGCAGGGAGUGCUGGCUCUGUUCCUGAAAAUCUGAACCUGUUUCCUGAGCCAGGGAGCAAAUCAGAGGAAACAGGCAAGAAACAGCUUUCUAAAGACUCCAUCCUUUCACUGUAUGGAUCCCAGACACCUCAGAUGCCUGCCCAAGCAAUGUUCAUGGCUCCUGCUCAGAUGGCAUAUCCCACAGCCUACCCCAGCUUCCCUGGGGUUACACCUCCUAACAGCAUAAUGGGGAGCAUGAUGCCCCCGCCGGUAGGCAUGGUAGCUCAACCAGGAGCUUCUGGGAUGGUUGCUGCCCCCAUGGCCAUGCCUGCGGGCUAUAUGGGUGGCAUGCAGGCAUCAAUGAUGGGUGUGCCAAAUGGAAUGAUGACCACCCAGCAGGCUGGCUACAUGGCAGGCAUGGCAGCUGUGCCCCAAACUAUGUAUGGGGUUCAGCCAGCUCAGCAGCUGCAGUGGAACCUUACUCAGAUGACCCAGCAGAUGGCUGGGAUGAACUUCUAUGGAGCCAACGGCAUGAUGAACUACGGACAGUCAAUGAACGGCGGAAAUGGACAGGCAGCAAAUCAGACUCUCAGUCCUCAGAUGUGGAAAUAAAAACAAAGCACCUGUAUGGCUACCACUUUCCUCUCCCUUUCUCUUCUUUCCCCAACACCUCCCUCCCUAUCCCACUUUCCUGCCUCUCUCUGUUUCGUUUCAAAAUUGCUCAAUACGUCAUUUGGGGCUUGGCAUUCUGCCCAGCCCUGCCACUUCCCAAACAUGCAGACCUCUCUGUUGCUUUAUGUUGCACAUGUCCUGUAGCCUUCCUGACUUCCCUCCCCAGCCUCAGCCCCUGGUCAUCGCCUGGCACCAGCACCUUAGAAAUUGUUGGCAGAAGGCACUUAACUGUGGGAGAAACGUGCAUACCACUGAGUACCCUUCCCUUGAGGAUAAACCUCCCAUCAGACUCUGAGAAAGGUCUGUAGGUGGUGUUUUAGGCAAAGAAGGAGAGGGUUUAGAGGUCCUUUUAUAUGUGUCAAUAAGCUAUUUCUAAGUUUUAAAAUUUACGGUUGAAGAGAGAGGCAUCAUGCUUCCAUGAUUUAUGGGAAUGAACAAAAUACUGAAAUCAAAUUAAGUACUCCUUGUGUCUUGGAUAGGUUGUCACUAGCCCUGGGGUGAGGCAAGACCCCUCCCAUGAGGAUGAGCAAAAAUAUUGCUCCACUUUGCCCUGAGUAGCUUUCUGCAUCUAAGGCUCCCAGGCCCACUUCUUCAGUCAGCCAAAGACUUUAUGAAAGUCCUACACAAACACACACACCUCCCCAAUUCCACGCUGCCUUCAGUGCGAGAUGGGCCCAUGGCUGGAGAACCAACCCCUUCAAUGGGAAUGCAGAGCUUAAAGUGUGUACUUCUUGUGUGUGUGUGAGGAUUCUUCCUCCCACCCACUCCCCAUCUGCCCUAGGUGUUUUGGUUUGGUUUUAGGUUUACAACAGAGAGGAGUUAAUUUAUCAACAGCUUAAAACUGUUGCCAGUUUUUCUUAUAGUUAAAAAAAAUUGUGAUCUCGUUUAUAGCUCUCUUCUUCCUUUCCCCUCUCCCAACCUGCCAAUCACUCUUUCAUGCCUCUGUAUCCUGGGGUGUUCUGUUUCCUCACCUUUUCCAGGUAUAUGAGGCAGAGAGCCUGGACAGCUUUCCUACCAGUCAUUGUUCACCCCACUUGAAAAUUAAAACAAGAAAACUUUACUUAAAAUAUUCCCCUGUGGGAACCACAAUUCCUGGUUGCCUUUCUCCUGUGUAUGUGUAAAUUCCUUAAUAAAUAUCGCAGGGAAGGAC